AUGAACAUAACAAUGUGGCACGUAAGGUUGUUAAACACACCCUUCAACCCCAAGGUUGUUUAUGAUGGACACCCAACAUUGUUUACCAUUAAGUUGUACCAUGAAGGUGAGUUCACCAAGUACCCUGAGGUUCAUUACAUUGAUGGAACUGUAAACUAUGUUGACAUGGUAGACAUAGAUGAGUUUUCAGUUCAUGAGCUCGAUGCAAUCAUGAAGGGUUUUAGAUAUGGGGUUCCUCCUAUUAUAUACUACCAUUUUCUUGUGCCUGGUGGAGACUUCCACUUUGGUCUUCGCCCUUUAGGAAAUGAUCAAGAUGUUGCAAACUUUUCUCAAUAUGUUAGUGAGCACAAAGUGAUGAAGGUAUACACAGAGCAUGGUGAAACAAGACUACUCACCUAUUUCUUGAAUCCUAAGCCUGUUACCAAGGUUACCCUUGUACAGUUAGAUGAACCACAUGAGGAUGUGCAACACAUUGAUGAAGCUCCUGAUGACCAAUCAAAGGAAACACCUGUGAUGACUACACCUACUGAUAAUUUAGUUGAUGUGGUGCCCACUCAAGCAAACCAACCAGAAAUCCAAGUUAAUGAAAUAGUUCAAGUCGUAUCCUUAUCACCUGGAUAUAAUAGGAGAAGGGGUAUGAGCAAAGACUUUGUUGAGGCAGCUACUGAUUUUGAUAUUGGACUCUACCAACAAAUACUACAAAGCAAUGUUGAUGGAGUCAAUGGCACUAACAUGCAUGAUGUCAAUGAACCUCAGAUGGAUGAAGAAAACCAAGCUCAGAUGGAUGAAGAAAACCAACCUAAAAUGAAUGACUUUUGGGAUUUUGACUAUCAAACUGAUGCUUUUGUCCAAGAUGGAAGUGAAAACCAACCUCAGUCUAACAUGGAUAGUAGUGGAAAAGAAAAUGUAAGUGAGGUUGAAAGUAAAGAAAGAAGUGAAACAGAGCAGGAAGAUGAUAGUGACUAUUGGGUGGAUGAAGAUAAUGUAAUUGAAGAUAUUGAAGUUGAUAUGAGGGAUUUUAACAUGAGCAUUGAUACAGAAGUAGAGUUCUUAGAUAAAAGGGCUAGGAAUCCUAGACAACAUGAGAGUGAUGAAGAAGCAGAUGAGUUAGAUGUCAUUGACAAUGAUGCUUUUGAUUCCAUGGAUGAGGAUUCUGACCAGGACAAGAAGAGAAGAGCAGUUUUGAAACAACUAAGUAAGGAAAAAAGUUGUUCUUUAGGUGAGGUUCAUAAGUGUCAUUUUAAAAUAGGUCAAAAGUAUAACAGUAAGCAGGAGUUGAAAGAGAAAAUCAAAAUGCAUGCAUUGGAAACAAAAAAGAAUAUUGCAUUUAAAAAAAAUGAAAAAUCCAGAUUGAGGGCCAUAUGUAAUGGAGUUGUGGCAUUUACUAAUGAUGGAGUUGGUGGACCUACCCAAGCUGAAAAAAGUAAAGGGAAAAUUAAAGGGAAAAGUAAAGGGAAAAGUAAAGAAAAGGACAAACAAGGUGGUACAAGUCAGGAAAAAACAGAUUCUUCUUGUCCUUGGAUGUUACAUGCCUCGAGAUCUACAGAUGCAAGCAGCUGUUUAUAUGACAAAUCAGCAUAUGAAUGGUUAAAGUCAAUACCACCACAACAUUGGGCAAGAAGCCAUUUCACAGGGAGAGCAACCACAGACAUGCUGUUAAACAACCUUUGUGAGGUGUUUAAUGGCAAGCUAGUUGAUGGGAGAGACAAACCAAUUAUUAGUUGCUUGGAGUUUAUUAGGGAAUAUAUGAUGAAGAGGAUAUGCAAUGUCCUCAAGGUGCAACAAAAGUGUUUAGGCCCACUCACCCCAACAGCAACAAAGAUCAUGGAGAAGAAUGAAGCAGCUGCUACUCAGUACAUUGCAGAAUGGUGUGGUGAUGAAAAAUACCAAGUCAAAGGCCCAUGGAAUGAUCAACAUGUUGUUGAUAUGCAUGAAAGGGUAUGCAGCUGCAGGAAAUGGGAAUUAACAUGUAUCCCUUGCAGACAUGUGAUUUCUGUGUUGUAUAACAAAGCAGAUCAUGGUGAGUGUGUACAAGAGCUCCAUACUUAUGUCCACAAGGUGCACUGGCUACAAACUUGGAAAACUGCAUAUGGGUACAAGGUGGAACCAAUUAAAGGUCGGGCACUGUGGCCUAGAAGUGAGUGUCCAAUGCAGAUCACACCUCCCCCACACCGUAAUCAACCUAGGAGACCCAAGAGGAAGAGAAGGCAAUCCAUGGAGGAGAAAAGUCAAAGCAAGAGUCAAAGUCAGAGUCAAGGGUUAGAUGUUGGUCCCAGUGAGAUUCAUGGUCAUGGUCCACAUGGUAGUGGGAAACUAACAAGAAAGUUUGUUAGUGUGACUUGUAGUAAGUGUGGAAACAAAGGGCACAACUCCAGGACAUGCAAAGGUCAGGGAGGGACUUGA